UUCAUCUCCUAAUAAGAGAGAGGGAGAGAGAUAUAUAGAGAAAACAACUGAAGAUGAGGCCUGGUCCCUGCUUGAAGAUCUUCUUGCUUUGCAGUGUGUUGACAGUCACGGAUGGCACCACUGUGGUGUCGGGCACAGAGGGCGGGAAUGCCAGCAUCAGGUGUAACUACAGCCAGCGCUACAGCAGCUACUCCAAGUACUUCUGCCAGGGCGAGCAUCCUUUCUGUAAGGAUAUGGUCCACACUGAUGCCACACACAAGCUGGUCAAACAGGGCAGGUACUCGCUGUAUGAUAAUGGGCAAGACUCCUUCCAGGUGGACAUCACAGAGCUGAGUUUCGAGGAUGAUGGCCUUUAUCAGUGCGCCGUGGACAUACCAUUUGCUAUUGAUGUGUAUGAGGAAGUCUACAUUAAUGUCACUGAUGGUCAAGCCACCAUCUCUCCAACAUUGCUGUCCAACGUACCAAUCAAUAAUGAAGGAACUGCAUUCCCAAAGCUGCAGCCAACCACACAUCUGUAUGCCACAACAUACCCACAAGCAUCACCAGUGGGAACACCAGGACCGACAGGAACUGCAUUACCAAAGCUGCAGCCAACCACACACCUGUAUGCCACACCACACCCACAAGCAUCACCAGUGGGAACGCCAGGACCGACAGGAGAGUCCAGUGAACAUUCCCCCAAAUUGUAUCUCGUGCUGUCAGCCAUUGUGGGCCUGAUUGUUGUGCUAAUGGUGGGCACGCUAACUCUGCCCAUUAUAUUGUAUGCGAAGAGGGCCAAGUCAUCAGAUUCAGUAAACCUCCCUGCAGCCAUGGAGACUGCUGAGGUUGAACCAUAAACUCAAAAGAUUUGCGGAGGAUGCAGUAGCAGUUUGGCUGACCAGCAACGCACCACAACCAGACAAGAGCGCACCACACACAUACAACACAUCACUCACAUCAGUAUUUCUUAAGAACUUCAUUCAAACCAGUAAUGGCUG